AUGGCGAAUAUCCCAUUCCAGCUGUCGCUGCAGACCUCCGAGGCGACGCCUCGGGCACAAGUCCCCACAUCGAGUCUCACGCCGCCCGUGACUCCAAUCGCCAAGCGUCACCAAACCCCCAAUCCAUUGGAUAAACUGUCUCAAUCACUUUCUGCUCCGAGACCAAACAUCACAACUCCCCUAUACUUCACCAACGACCUUGAACUCAUCCACAAUGGCGACAGUCGCCCCGUGGAAUUCGGCCGCGGCGCCUGGAGCAUAGUAUAUAAAGCGCGUUCAACGCAACAAAUCACCACCGCACUCGCCAACACUCCAUCAACACCCCCAGGCUCGCCAGUCUCAAUCAGCCGCAUCCUAGCUGUGAAAGCGCCCGUGCGCCGCGAUGCCCGUGCAGUUCUGGAAGCCGAAGCCGUAACUCUAACGCGCCUUACCCUCACCCCAGGCCACGAACCCUACAUCGUCCCCUUCCACGGCCAACACAACGAUCUGCACGGCCUAGUCAUGACCGCCAUCCCCCUCUCCCUGUCCACAUACAUAGAAGACCAAGCCGACAUCGCGCGCGCGCGCCAGCCAGCGACCCCAACCAUGUUCGACCCAGUCCAGGGAACAGCCUCGUACAAGGCUCUCGCGCGCAAGCUGAUCGCAGGCCUGAACUGGCUGCACCAGGUCGCAGGCAUGGUGCACGGUGACAUCAAGCCACACAACAUCCUCCUGCGACCAGUAGACGCCGACGAGAAUAGCGACGUCGCUUCCAGCGCCUUCCCAUUCGAGCCUCUGUUCGCGGAUUUCUCGUCCGCCGUCGAGAUCCCUGACGACCCGGCCGUCCCGCUCGACACGACGCGCGCGUCCAUGUCGGCGUUUACGCCGCCAUUCACGGCGCCCGAGAUGUUGGCUUCGUUGACGGUGGCGAAUGGUGAUAUUGCGCCGACACCCGCGUCUGAUGUUUUCUCGCUGGCUGCUACGCUGCUUGCUGCUGCUACUGGCGACUUGCUGUUGUACCCUGGUACCAGUAACAUGCAGCGGCUGGCGAUGGCCAGGCAGGGACAUCAGAUUGUGGAUUUGACGCGUUCUGGCUCGAGUGGGCACCGUGUGCCUCGGAAUGGCUUUGUUGAGAAACUUGUUCGGCCGGCUGUUGUUAAGGACCCUGCCAUGCGCAUUUCGACCCGUGAUUGGGUUGAUCUUGCUGCUUCUGUUUCUUCCUGA